AUGACCCCAUGCCAUGCCUCCCAGAGCCCUGACCUCAGGGCCUCCUACCCCCUCUCGGCCAUGCUCGCCUCAACUACUCCAUGCGUCCCACCACCUGACCUCCACGCCCCUCCAUCCAUCCCGUCAUAUUCUUCCCCUCUCCUUUCCCUCGUCUCGCCUUUCCACAAUGCCCUUCUCCCUUCGCCUACUUUCCCCUCCAUGCAUCCUUCCCUGUUUGACAUCUCCCUUUCCCCCUUUUUCUCCUCUCGUUCCCCCUUCUUCUUCACCCAACCCCACCUGGCUCAUCCUUUGGGGCAGCAGUUCAAAGUGCGCCUCAUGCCCGCACAACGCACUGCGCUCCGCUGCUGCUGCCACUGCCCUCCCCGCCGCCCUACUCCCACUACCGCAGCAGCAGCAGCAGCAGACGUGGCAGUGCCAGCAGUCAAGUUACCGGCGAGUCCCAGCAGAGGAGUUAGUGGCAGCGGCAGGUCCCAAGCGAGGGCAGGUGGAGGGCGAGCGGGGGCGGGCGAGCAAGGGGUCGUGCAGGCCUUUGUUCCAACACGCCGCCACGCCAAUCAACUCGCCCUCACAGUUGCCAAACACCGGACACUCCUCCCCCACGCACACCCCCUCGCCCUCCGCACCUCCCAUCACCCCCUCCCUGCUGCUGCUGCUGCUGCUGUUGGUGGCCUUGCGGCGUUUAUAGAACGCUCCCCGUCUCGCCGCCUGUGCCACCACCCGCUCUUGCCACCAGACGCCUCCCCACCGCCGCCCCCAUCCGCCCUCUCGCCCACUUCACUCCUCUCACCUGCACCCGCCCUCCCACUCUCGUUUCCGCUACCAAUGCUGCUGCUCACACUGCUGCUGGCUGCUGCUGCUGCUGCUGCUCCUCAUGGCACUGCUACCACCAUCCCCGACUGUGCCCCUCCCGCAUCUCCUCCGCCCACCGCUUGCAAUCUCUUGCUCCCCCCCGCCCCCGCCUUUUUAUCCGCGCCCCCGCCCGCGCAGAUCUGCGCCGUUUUGAUUCCCCCCUUCGGCUGCGCCUUAUUCUUGGCCGCGAGCUUCCGCGCGCGCCGCUUUCGGUUGGGCGGAACGAACGUGCGCGCCGCUUUCGGUUCCGCUCUUCCACGGAAACACGUGCCUGUGCUGCUCCCACUUCACGAACCCGAGGACAAGGCACAGCAGCAGCAGCCACGACCCGAUCCGCCCAUUGCUACCGCCGCCGCUGCCGCUGCUGCUGGGGCCGGGAACGAAGAAGCGGAGCCACGAGUUGCGGGAGGAGUGGUACGCGGCGACGCCGUUGCGCGAGCAGAGCAUCAAGGCGAGCGGCACGUCUACAAGUCUGGUGAGUCGCUCUCCAGCCUCGCCACCACCACUUCGAUCUCCGCUGCGCUUUUCUGUCCAUCCUACGGCGCCCCACGGCUGGACGUUCACACCCCACCUUAUGCGAUUCUUUAUCCGACAGAUUGGUCGAAGCAGUAUGUGCUGCUAGUGCGCGAGUUCAGCACUACCGGUCCAAUCAGACACCUCUCCAGCGAGAACGGCGUGGUACUGACAAUGAAGAGGGAGGAGAUGGCGGGCGGCGAGGGCGAGCGCGUGGCGGCGUUGGAGGCGAAGCUGAGGGAGCAGGGCGAGGAAAUGGGCGCGCUGAAGGCGGAGCUUGCGCGGAUGAGGGCUGCGGCGGAGCGGCAGGCGGCGGAGGUGGCGGAAGUGAAGGCGACGGUGGCGCACUCGGAGGCGCGCAUCAACGACGUCGAGCUGGCGCUCGCCGCGCUCACGAACAGCAAGACGGGGGAGCGCCGCGACGAGCCCGAUGAGGGCGGCGCGAGGAAGAAGCGGAAGCCAGAGGAGUCGCCGGGGAAGGAGGGGGACAUGGCUGGUGCUGCUGCGGGCACCGAGCCUACGCUAACUGUUGGAGGUAGUGCGGCUGAAGGACAGCGGAAUGAGGCGGAAAGCGAGAGCGAGGAGGAGUGGGGGGCGAAUGGAGAGGAGGACUUCGACGCGGAGGCUGAGCUGCAGGAGCUGUGUGACCGCGUGGUGGCGCUGGAGAAGAAUGGCCCGGGUGCCAAGACGUGGGAGGUGAGUGCUUCAUCGGUGUACUUGGUCUUUUCUUUCUAA